GGGUCAGUCCCCAGUUUGUCUUGGUACUAGGCAUCAUGCAAACCCUAGAAGAAGCAUAGAAACCUCCCAGGACUGGAUAGGUCAUCCCCAUUCAUAGCAAAUUCCAUAAACCCUGCUCAAAGCAUCAAGAUCAGUAUUUUCUUGAACAAUAAGUAAGAAUUUUUUUGCUGAUCACAACAAUGCUCUCACAUUCUGACAUGAUCAAAGAGAGAAAACAGCAAGCAUCAGCCAUCAUGAAGGAGAUCCAGCUAAAUGAAUCCUCUCAAAUGGAUCUUGGAAAAAAGGUUAGCAUCCCCAGGGAUAUCAUGCUGGAAGAACUAUCGCUACUCAGUAAUCGAGGAGCAAGGCUGUUCAAAAUGCGGCAAAAGAGAUCUGACAAGUACACAUAUGAAAAUCUUCAUUUUUUAUCUAGCACACCAAGAAAUCGCAAUGAGAUCAUACAGUGUGUCCAGUUGGAUGCUCAUGGCAUGGAACCUAGUCAUCUAAAUGCACCAAUGACACCUCCUAAUACACCUGAUCCAAGGGGUCCACCCAAUCCUGAAACUAUUGCCCCAGGUUACUCUGGACCUUUGAAGACAAUUCCUCCUGAGAAGUUCAACACUACAUCUGUACCAAAAUACUAUCAAUCACCUUGGAUUGAGGCCAUCAGUAAUGACCCUGAGCUGCUGGAAGCUUUGUAUCCUAAAUUGUUUAAGCCAGAGGCAAUACCAGAACUACCCAACUUUAAGAGCUUUAACAGAGUUGCCACUCCUUUUGGUGGUUUUGAAAAAGCAUCAAAACUUAUCAAGUACAAAGUUCCAGAUUUUAAUUUUCUGCUGCUAAAUGAUCCACGAUUUAUGCUCCUUGCUAACCCACUUUCUACCAGAAGAUCAUUCAACAGGACUCCUAAAGGUUGGAUCACUGAGAAUAUUCCCAUUAUGAUAACUAUACAGCCUACAGAGGUCAAUGGUGUUCCAGAAACAGAUGAUUUGUGAAAAGUAAGUGCAUCACACAUCAGAUUCAGCCUGGCAGUGUUUUAAUCUUUUAAUACUCUCUACAUCUGUUCCAACAUCCUAUUUUACGUUAUACUGAAAUGUAAUAUGAUCUGAUGAUGCAGUUGUAUUCUGAGAUUAACUAAUAUUGCUAUUGAUUGCUAAUACAAAUAAAACUAUGUGGCCAAUGCAUUCUCAUUCAGCCUUUAUAUUCUACAUAUUAAAUAUAACGAUUGAUUCUCACUGGUCAAUUUUUAUAUUAAGAUAUCAGAUAAUGAUCAAAAUUUCAGUGAUAUUACAAAUGUAUCUAUCAAUUUUAGUUUGUAGACUUGCUACUGAGAUAUAGUGGCAAAUGUUUAGGCACUCUUGGUUAAUGAAAUCCUAACUGAUCCAAUCUGUACAUGAUAUAAAAUUAAACAUGACAUCAUUUUGUGAAUCUGAAUGCAUACUUACUAUUUAUGUGCAGAUUUGAACUGACCAAAAUAAAGAGUAUAUACACUUUUGUUAAGUAAGUAUGCCACUAGCAAUCUAGUAAAAAAAAAUCCUUUCUGGAAACAAUAGAAUUUUUGCAUAUUGUAUUUUCUAGAACAUCAUAAUGAAAUUGCAAUUUAAUAGAAGUCUUUCAGUUACAGGUUGUCCUUGACUUAUGACCAUUUCUUCUGCAGCUAUUGGAAAUUACAAGGGAGCUGAACAAAGGGACUUACAACUCCUACCUAGUUAUGUCUACUGAAGUGCCCCACCCUGCGGUCAUGUGAAAAAGAAUUGAAUGCUCUCCCCACCCACACUCCUGGUCCUCUUAGGCUUUGGGUCUGCUUCCCACCUUGCUGGAUUCCCAUAGGCCUUGGGUCCACUUCUGACUCUGCUUGGUCCUACACGCUCCUCUCCACCCUCAUAAUGACUCAGUUUCUUACCUUUUCUAAGAUCUCCUGGAGGGAGCAGUCGAUCUGCCAUGUGCCCUUCCUAUAUGGAAGCCACAUUGCAUCAUCUGGACAGCAGAUGCCAUCUGGAGAAUGGCUACAAUGAAGUGUGGCCAUUCGGAAAUGGUGCCCACUUCCAGAAUGGCACAUGAGGUCCCAGUGUUGUAUAGGGGGGCUGAUGGGCAAUUGUGUUUGGGAAGGAGGGCUAGCUUUUUCCAUAUCAGUCUCCCUCUGCAGUCCCCAAGGCCUGUGGGUCUCAGCAGAGUGGGAAGCAGAGCACAAGGUGCCGCAGAAGUGUGGGAGGCCUUGGGAGGUGGGAGCAGGGCAGGCCAUGUGUGAACUGGGAAGGUGCUGCAAUGUAGGCCUGGAACUGCACUAGGACUCCCCCACUGAGGACCCCAUGGUUCAUUUGAGCCAGAAUGGUUGUUUAACAACCACAAUGGUGAGAGCAGGGCCUGAGAUUGUUAAGUGAGGCAAUCAUGUGGGCACCUUGGUUAAUAACUGUCACGAUUCAUGACUGUAAUGGGCAGGCUCAUUAUGGUCAUAAUUUAAGGACUAUCUGUAUUAAACUGAUUUUAAGUAGGUGUCUAUAUUUAUGCACCUAAUUUCAAUUCUGAAAGUAUAUGUAAGACAUGAUGUCAUGUAUUGUUUAAUAAGUUUUCAAAUGUUAUGAUCACAUGUUGCAUGACUCUUGUGAAUUUAUGCACAGAGCUAUAUUUGCAGUUGUUCAUGGCAGGGACCCAUUAUGUCUUGUAUGGCUGUAGAUUCACACAAGAAAUAUCCAUUUGUUUAUUUAUAGGCAAUCUCCUUCAAGAAACUAACCCCACUACAAAAUGCAUCAAAUGUAAGAUAGAUGGAAUUAAGCAAAUUUUUCACAACCAGCUUUGCUCUGUUUUAUUCAUUUAUCCACACAAAUUAGUCACAAGGCUUUAAUAUGAUAGAGAUCAUGUAUUAUAGUAUAUUGCAAAUACUAUUUUAAAUGUAUUUCUGGCAUGAGCUUUGUUUCAUAAUCUGCUUAUCUAAAGGCAAUCUCCUUCUUGAACCUACCCACAUUACAAACAUGCCCUGAGAAUCUCCUUUUAAUGUCAAGUCUCUUGGACAACACCUUCAUCUCAUCCCCAGUCCAUUGAGGCAAGCUUGAAUCAACCUUAGAUGUACUGGUAUUAAAAUAUUGUUUUCUUCCUUAUUCUGAUACUAUCAAAGGAUAGCCUCAAGGCAUAUACAUCUAUUAACUUUACAUUAUCUUGGAAGAAAGUCAGGUGACUUGCAGUGAUUUACAGAGGAGCAAGAUAGAUGUCAACAACCUAGGUGGAGAAUGUCGUGCUGUGGCAGUUUUCUCCCAAAUAAAGGAUAGGUGGAUAGUAUUCAACAGCAGUGGGAAAAGGUUCCAAGGCAGACAUCAUGUGAUACUAAUGUAGGAAACAGAGCAUGUCAAAUGAGAACACUUUUAAAGGGAAAGAAUAUAACUGCUAUAUAUUGGCCAUAUUUUAAUAUCUAUGCUGUAAAACAUGCAAUCAACAUAAUAAAAAAUUAAACUUAA